AUGUAAGAAAAGUAACAAUCUUCUUAUUGGUCUAAAAUGUUGGAGAAUUAAUAAUAAGAGAGACAAUAAAAUGAUUACUAAUCUAAAUAGGAUCAAGAAUAAAGGAAGCAGAGGUACAAAUAAGAAUUAUAAACUGAUAUGAUGCUCCAUCAACAGAAGAAAUAAGUUUAAUAAAAUUAAAAUCAACAACUGGAAUCCAUAACGUUAGAGACUUUAAGAUAGAGAGAAUCCAAGAAGAUGAAGGAAAUGGAAGAAAGAAGGAUCAAGUAAAUCCAGACCAGUUUGGAUAAUCUCAAUAAUCUAAUGAUUAAAAAGAAAAUGAAUUUGGAGAGAUCUUAUCAAAAUUAAUAAUUAGAUAAGGAAUUUAUUAGAUAAGAAUAGAUGAAGGCAAUGAAAAGCAUAGAGGAAAAAAAAUAGAAAAAAGAAGAAGAAGCAAAAUUACUAAAAGUUACAUAUGAUGAUAUGAUCAAUAAUAAAAGAAGGAUGAGAGAGGAAUUACAAUAACAUACUUAGCCAUCAAUUCCAACUUUAACAAAUGAAAAUAAUAAGGUGAAAAUAGAUACAAAGAAAUAUUAGGAGGAAUUAAAAACCUAACUAGAAUAGAAAUAAAAAUAAAUGGAAGAAUUGAAAAUGAAAAAGGUUGAAGAAAGACAAAGAAUAGAAUAGAAAAUUGAAUUUGAAAAAUAAAGAAUGAUGGAGAAUAAACUAAAAAAUUAUUAAACUUAUAAGUAAUAUGAGACUGAGAAUUACGAAUUGUUAUAAGAUCGAAAAUAUUAAUAGAAUAGUAAUCCUUAAGAAUUGAGAUUACUUUAAAAUUCAUUUGAAAGUAAAUUGCCAAGAAUUUACUAAGACAAUUAUUAACCAUCUGAAAGAAAAAGACAGUUAGCCUUACUUGAUCGAGAUCUACUGAAAUAUUAAAUAUUACAAUAAUAAUAGUAAAUAAUAGAUAAGAAUCAUUCAACAAUCAAUUAAGCUAAAGUUAAUUAUUAAGAUGAAGCAGUAUCAUAAACAUCAAAACAAACAAAAUAAUCUAAAUAGCUUUCGAAUAAUUUCAUUUAACGCGAGUAACCGUAAUAAGCCUCAACUCCCUCUCAAAAAUCAAGGAAUUCCAACCUUAUUCCAAAUAACCCCAUAGACUAUUUGAAUUAAAAACAACAUGCUCCAAAAAAAAGAAGUUUUAACAUUGUUACAGGAAUUGUCACUCUUAAUUGA